AUGAUGGACGACGACGCUAAGCGACUUGAAGCCGAGGCUGUCACGCUCCGAAGGGUCGCGUUUUUCGGCGUAGCCGUGUCGACCGUCGCCACACUGGUUUGUGUGAUAUCUGUGCCAUUACUCUACAACUAUAUGCAACAUAUGCAGUCUGUGAUGCAAAGUGAAGUCGACUUUUGUAAAUCACGAUCGAGUAACAUCUGGCGAGAGGUUACACGUACACAGGUAAGCAUUUCAUUCAAAUUUUUCUCAUAUUUCCUUAUUUUUUCGCAAUCAAUGGUGCUGGCAAAAGUGUCUGGAGUUCGCAGGGAUCGUCGUCAAGCCGGGUAUUCCUCAGCAGGAGUGGAAGCUGGCGAGGCAGCCCAUCAAGGAGGAGGAGGAGGCGGAGGAGUCUGUUGUGGAUGCGGUGUAUCGCCUCAAGGACCACCUGGAGCACCUGGUCCUGAUGGUGAGAAUGGAGCCGAUGGAGAACCAGGAAUGCCUGGACGAGAUGGCCCUGAUGGACCACCACCAACACCACCACCACAGCACGAGUUCUGCUUUGAUUGCCCCGAUGGACCACCAGGUCCACCUGGAGCACCAGGACCCAAAGGACCACCAGGUAAUCCCGGAUCUCCAGGAGCCGAUGCCGACGGUGGUAACCGAGGACCACCUGGCCCACCUGGACCUCCUGGUCCUCCUGGAAACGAUGGCGCUCCCGGAAAUCCAGGAGCACCUGGAGCACCAGGUAAACUCAACGAAGUACCCGGACCAAAUGGACCACCAGGACCACCUGGACCUCCUGGACCACCAGGACCUGAUGGACAACCCGGAGCAAAUGGAAACCCCGGACAAGAUGGACCACCUGGACCACCCGGAGACAACGGUGCACCCGGAGCACCUGGACAACCAGGUGGACCCGGACCAGACGGACCAAGUGGAGAUCGUGGACCAAGUGGAGGUUGCGACCAUUGUCCACCUCCCCGAACUGCUCCCGGCUAUUAA